AUGGUAUCUUCUCCAGAGACUCGGAGCUCCACCUCAUCACUACCGCCCCACAAUCCAACCCUACCCACGACCAGACGUAUAUGGUCCAGGGAGGAAGAUGAAGCGCUGAUUGCUGCCGUCGCUCACUAUGGCACCAGUAGAGGGCAUCGUUCGAAUUGGCCUCGGAUCGCUGCUGCUGACUGCAGCAAACGCUGGUUCAACUCACUUGAUCCAGCAGUAAAGAAAGGCAAAUGGUCGCAAGAAGAGGACGACGCGCUACGCCGACUCUAUGCAGAACUUGGACCUAAAUGGAAAUCAAUUUCUCAACGUCUUCCGGGCCGUCAAGAGUAUCAGGUGGCCAAACGCUGGGGUGAUGUCUUAUCUCCUGAUUUGGCAUCCAAGGAGCCAUGGUCCCCACUCGAGGAUGCCCUGCUCCUCCAGCUAUACGAAACUCACGGGUCGAAAUGGUCCAUUAUUGCAGAAUCAUUGACUGGAAGAAGUCCUGUCGCCUGUCGAAACCGCUGUCGCAAAUAUCAUGGCCAGCCGCCUGCCAAACGAAACAAUGCUUCCCCCCGCACACUCGAUGUUGGAACAUCAAGUAAUCCGGAUCAAAGGUGCAGUCCUAUUCCCAAGGUAUCCACCACCACCACUGUACAGGAGACAUCAUCGAUGACGAGCACCACCACUGCUCCGCCAGUCGACCCCCCGAUGCCGAAUGAUCUAGAGAGUCCCAGGGACUGGCAAAUUGGGUAUCCUGUUUGUGAAUCAACACAAGCUGCUGAGAGCCCAACAGGCGAUCAGCUGCUCAACAGAUGGCUUGUCGACAUUGAGGCCGCCAUCACCAAGAAUGGCAUGGGUGAAGCACCACUAUUCGACACAGCAUCCUGGGAUCAGACCAGUACACAUAUCGAAAACUCUGAAUCGGCAGAACAGCUUCAUGCUCAGGAAAUAAACAUGAAUGAGGAAGUCAAUACAAUCACGACCGGGUCAACUUGUGACACGAAUGAUAAAAUGAUACAACUUGGCUUUUCCAACGUCGACUCGUCAAUACCAAUCACGACGCUCGAAGGCCAUUACAAUGUUCUGUCGCCUUCCAAUGAGGUGAUGGCUCGCGAGGUCUCCAUCUCAAGCGAUGCGAGAAAACCUCUGCUACCUCCAUCAACGCCGCGAGGACGGCCGACAACAUUAAUAAACCCAGUUGAUAACGUCUGGUCAUUGGCGUUGGCACUGCAGACGUCACAGACAUCGAUUCAUAUCAGCACCAAGCUGCUUCGUCGGCUUGUUCACGAUGCGGCGUAUACGCUAUGUGCGGCCGACACUAGUGAUGUAUCGGGUGAAGCGGUGGCGCAGCAAUAA